AUGGGUAAAGACAAGACACACGUCAACGUCGUCGUUAUCGGACACGUAGAUUCCGGUAAAUCCACCACCACUGGUCACUUGAUCUACAAGUGUGGUGGUAUCGACAAGCGAACCAUCGAGAAGUUCGAAAAGGAAGCCGCUGAAUUGGGUAAAUCCUCCUUCAAGUACGCUUGGGUUUUGGACAAACUUAAGGCCGAACGAGAGAGAGGUAUCACCAUCGAUAUCGCUCUUUGGAAAUUCGAGACUCCUAAAUACCAAGUCACCGUUAUCGAUGCUCCUGGUCACAGAGAUUUCAUCAAGAACAUGAUUACUGGUACUUCCCAAGCCGAUUGUGCCAUUCUCAUCAUCGCCACCGGUGUCGGUGAAUUCGAAGCUGGUAUCUCCAAGGAAGGUCAAACCCGAGAGCACGCUCUUCUCGCCUUCACCCUCGGUGUCAGACAACUUAUCGUUGCUUGUAACAAGAUGGACACCUGUAAAUACUCCGAAGACCGAUUCAACGAAAUCGUCAAGGAAGCUUCCGGUUUCAUCAAGAAGGUCGGUUACAACCCCAAGGCCGUCGCUUUCGUACCAAUCUCCGGUUGGCACGGUGACAACAUGUUGGAGGAAUCCACCAACAUGCCUUGGUACAAGGGAUGGGUUAAGGAAACCAAAGCCGGUCAAGUCAAGGGUAAGACCCUCCUCGACGCCAUUGACGCUAUCGAACCCCCUACCCGACCUACCGACAAGCCUCUCCGACUUCCUCUCCAAGAUGUCUACAAGAUCGGUGGUAUCGGUACGGUGCCCGUCGGUCGAGUCGAGACCGGUGUCAUCAAGGCUGGUAUGGUUGUAACCUUCGCUCCUUCUAACGUUACCACAGAAGUAAAGAGUGUGGAAAUGCACCACGAACAAAUCCCCGAAGGUCUUCCCGGAGACAACGUCGGUUUCAAUGUCAAGAACGUUUCCAUCAAAGAUAUCCGACGAGGAAACGUCUGUGGUGAUCCUCCUAAGGAAGCCGCCUCUUUCAACGCCCAAGUCAUCGUCCUUAACCACCCUGGUCAAAUCGGUGCUGGUUACACUCCUGUCUUGGAUUGUCACACUGCACACAUCGCCUGUAAAUUCUCCGAACUUAUCGAGAAGAUUGACCGACGAACUGGUAAGGUCAUGGAAGCCAACCCUAAAUUCGUCAAGUCCGGUGAUGCGGCCAUUGUGAAACUCGUUUCCCAAAAGCCCAUCUGUGUUGAAGCUUAUACCGAAUACCCUCCUCUUGGUCGAUUCGCUGUCAGAGAUAUGAGACAAACCGUUGCCGUUGGAGUGAUCAAGACAGUGGAAAAGACUGAUGGAAAGGGAGGAAAGGUCACUAAGGCCGCCGAGAAGGCCGGUGCGAAGAAGAAGUAA